UUGUAUCCGCGUUCUAUUAUCCUGUUGUUCGUCAAACUCCACAGGUAGAUGUCGAUUGGUUUGAAAAGACUUAGCAGAUAUGGAUGCCACCUGGGACACGCCUUUUAGCAGAAUUGCAAAGGAUAUUUAUGCAAGGCAGUUCAACUCUGCUUUCCAUGCCGUGAAAGCAGAGGGAAUAGCCGCUCCGUCAACGCCAGCAAGUCAGACGAAUGAUAUGUCGACUUUUAAAUAUGGAACCAGUUGCGACCCGUUACGCAGGACCUCAAUUAGGGAUUUGAACCCGCACUGGGAGGAGGGCAGCGUUGUAGACAACGAAGAUCCAGAUAGACCUGUGCAGUGUCCUUUCGACAAGAAUCAUGUCAUUCGAGCCUGUCGUUUCGCAUACCACAUUCAAAAAUGCGAAAAGAACAAUCCUGCGAUGGCCGCGGAAAUGGUGAUUUGCCCUUUUAACGCUCAACACCGCAUGCUUAAAUAUGAGAUGGAUCAGCACAUGAGAAAAUGUAUCGACAGGCAAACCGAAAAGUCGACAGACGUUGGCUUUAGGGAAGUUCUGCCGAAAUUUAAAGUCCCGGUGAACCGCUUUGCAACAUCCCAAAGUGAGGAGGACUGGGAGACUGAGGCGGACGACACCGUUGAUCCAUUCAUCUGGGAUACAUCUGCGACCUUGAUGCCUCAGAACAGGCCUACACCUUUCUGCAUCUCUCAACCGGUAGCUCCGAAACCUCCGUCUAAUGGAUGUUUACCUUGGAAAAUGUGAUUUGCACUUGACCCAGGAAAGCACAGUCAUGUUGAGGGUGAUUUUUGAAGAUCACACCUUCACUGCGGAAGCAAAUGCUACUGGGAUUCUGCACAUUUUAGUCUGAUUUUAUAGGGUUUUUUAAAGGAGCUGACCAUAGAUAAUAAACUCAUUUUGUAGCUAUUUUAAAUGUGUUUGGUAUUGGAGUACUUUUAACUUUUACAAAUGCCUUAAUGAUCAUCCAUUUCACAAAUCACUAAAUGAUCAUGUCUUCACAAUCAAGAGAAGACUAUCUCCUGUAUUAAAUGGCGAUUUGCAUGUCUUCAGACCUUCAGUAAUGUCUGUUUAUGUCCUACAUUAAAUUACAAUUUUGUAACA